AUGGGUAUGGCUGCUGCUCGUUUUCUCUUUUCUUUCAUGCUCGCCUCUCUCCUUGCCCUAGCAUCCUUGCAUGGGGCUCAUGCUGUCCACUUCGCCGUCGUUAACCGGGCUCUAAACACCUCCGGCGGUAUGCGCUUCAAAAAUGAGCUGGGUGUGAACUACACCCAACAAAAAAUGGGAACCGCCUCAAAUUUCAUUUGGAACCUCUUCAAUGAAACUACACCGGCAGAUAGAAAGAACGUGAAAAACGUAAGCUUGUUUGUGGAUAACAUCCCUGGCAUUGCGCAUGUUAUCAACAAUGAGAUUCAUGUUGGGGCUAAAUACAUUGAGAGCAUAACGGGUGACAUAAAACCAGAGUUCAAUGGGGUACUUUACCAUGAGAUGACACAUAUAUGGCAGAGUCAUGCAAAUCAUCAAGCUCCAAAUGGAUUGAUAGAAGGGAUUGCAGACUUUGUGAGGUUGAAGGCAAAUUAUGUGCCCCAUAGGUGGGCAAAACCGGGUGAAGGUCUAAGUUGGAAACAAGGUUCUUCAGUGACUGCAAGGUUCCUGGACUAUUGCAAUGGUCUUCAUCAACAACAAGGGUUUGUGGCUCAACUGAACAAGAAGAUGAGAGAUGGCUACAGUGACAGCUUCUUUCAGGAGCUGCUUGGGAAGACAGUUGAUCAACUGUGGACCGACUACAAAACUAAAUUUGCAAACUAA